AUGGCAAACUCCUCACUAUCAUCAUCAUGGAUGUUAAAGCUGAAGGGAUUAGAUGCGUAUCCUAAAACAAUUGAAGAAUUCAAAGUCCGUACUUUACAGGGAGGUCUCUUUUCUCUCUUCUCGUUUGCAUUGAUCUCGCUCCUUCUUGCUUCUGAAUUAAAGUAUUACUUUACAAUGCAUACCAUUGAUAAGAUGGGUGUGGAUGGUAAACGUAAUACAAUGGUAUCGAUUAAUUUUGACAUUGAAUUUCCCACAAUGCCUUGCUCUGUGGUUGCACUCGAGUCAUCGGAUAUGGCUGGCAAUGUACAGCAUAAUAUUGAGCAUAAUAUUGAAAAAACCGCAUUAAAUCGGGAUGGUGAACCAUUGGCAGAAGGAAUGCGUGAUGUGAUUGGAGGUGCUUUAACGAAUCAUACGGAUUUACAUGAAAAAACAGACAAGCCUACGUGUGGUAGUUGCUACUCUGCUGGGAACCCAGGAGAGUGCUGCAAUACGUGCGAUGAAGUGAUGAAGGCGUACGCGCGAAAGAGCUGGUUGAUGCCGAGUCUUCACACGAUUGCGCAGUGCCAAGAGUUUGAGAUUGAAAAGGUUCUUCGCGGGGAAGUGGACGAAGGGUGUCGAAUUCGAGGCUUUCUUGUCGUCUCCAAGGUUGCAGGCAAGCUGUACUUUGCUCCAUCCAAGUUCUUCCGCUCGGGAUACUUGUCAUCGCAGGAUCUGGUGGACGCUACUUUCAAGGUCUUUGACACGUCACACACUAUUCACUCGUUGUCUUUCGGCGAAGCGUAUCCAAAUAUGAAAAACCCGCUGGACAAUCGUCAGAAGGAGCUAUUAGACAAAUCGACUCGUGGCUCGUACCAGUACUUUUUACAGGUGGUACCAACAGAAUACACUUUUCUGUCAGCAAGUCGUAUCAUCACGAACCAGUUUUCUGCUACGGAACACUUCCACCAGCUUACGCCUGUGGGUGACAAGGGUCUGCCGAUGGUUUCGUUUCGUUACACAUUUUCGCCUAUCAUGUUCCGCAUUGAGCAAUACCGUGUGGGUUUUCUCCAAUUCCUCACAAGUGUUUGCGCUAUUGUGGGCGGCGUUUUCACAAUUCUUGGCAUUAUGGACUCGUUUACGUUUGGACUUUUGAGUAGAUCUAGCAACACUCCAUUGCUAUGA